UCUUCUCAUCUUCCGCAUCUUCCGUUUCAUUGCGCUUCCGUGCUGCGCCUUUCCUAACGUGUCUAAAUUUUCUGCCAGCAAACGGUAUUUGUGAACAAGAAUACCCAGAACCCAGUACUUUGGUGUGAUCAAAAAGAGAGUUGUUUGAAGAAGCGAUCUUCGCGCGGAACGUCCCGUCCUAGCGAAGGAGUGCAACAGAGUGCAAUGCGGAGAAGCCCUCCGUGCAGCGUGUUGACUGUCGGUACGCCGGUACGCCACCAUUCUUUAUUCCCAUACAUUUUUGUAUUACCAGCCUUUGCUGGCCACUUGUUCUCGGAACAUUUUAUGGCUAUGUAGCCCCUACAUAUUGUUACUUUGUAAAGGAAUAAAAUAAGACUGUACGGCCCAUGCAUGGUUCGCGGACUGCAUCAUCCGACCACGGAAAGCUCAUCCAGUGAGCACAACAAAAGCGAGGUUAGUCUUUGCUGCGCGAUUCAGACAGAUUGAACUUAAACCACGCAACAUGGUACACAGUUUUCCCGUCAUCAUGGUGACAAGAAAAUUCGCGAUAAAGUUUAUUUUCGUGGCUGUGCUCAUCUGCGCGUGCUUCGUCAUCUUGUACGUCGCCCCUCGCCUCCUGACGAAGCCAUCGCCACGGGGUGGCCUGGGACUCAAUUUAACCCCCAAGUACGUCUUAACGUGGACACCGUUCUUCGGGGACGUGGACUACAUCCCGUCUGGCCAAUUGGAAAGCACUAAAUGCGGCGGAAUCUCCAUACCGCCGUGUGUCGUCACUUCCAACAGAAGUCUGCUGAAUGAGAGCGACCUCGUCAUCUUCCAUAUGAGAGACAUCCGCGCUGAUGACCUUCCGGCGGAGAGGCCGCCCGGACAACGCUGGGCGCUUUUGGACUACGAGGCGCCUCCGCACACGCCCCGGGUUCCCGACGUCCUCAAGGGCACCUUCAACUGGACCAUCACCUAUCGGCAAGACUCCGACGUCAACGUGUUGCCUCAACUGCGACGUGCAGACGCCCCAGACCAGAUGGCCAAGCCCUUCAACUGGUGGACUGACAAGACCCGACAUGUCUUGUGGCUGGUGAGUAACUGCAAGACGCCCAGCAACCGCGAAGGCUUCGUGCAAGAGCUGCGCAAGUUCAUUCAAGUCGACGUGGUGGGCCAGUGUGGACAUCUAUCCUGCCUGCCCAAGAUGUCAGCAGACUGCUACCACAACGCUUCCAAGGUCUACUUUUUCUACCUAGCACUCGAAAACUCCAUCUGCACCGACUAUAUCACGGAGAAGUUCUACAAUGCAUUGACCUGGGGAAUGGUGCCCAUUGUGAUGAGUGGCGCCAACUACACGAGCGUAGCACCGCCAAGGUCCUACAUCGACGCACUCUCCUUCCAGAAUGUGAGGCAUCUGGCCGACCACCUCAGGCAAAUUGCCAAGGAUCCACUGCUGUACAAUAGCUACCAUGCUUGGCGGCAGAGGUACAAGAUUGUGUGGAGACCCUUCCAGUGCAACCUGUGUCAAAUGCUUCACGAGCAGUUGCCACCACGAAUGUACGAGGACAUCAAUGCCUGGUGGUUUAUGAAAGCAUCUUGCAAAAGGUGGAUGAAGACAUCCCAGCUCUAAGGUCCCUUUUUUCCAGACUGUAUGUGCAAACCGAAUCGGAUGCCAAAGUGGUUCAGGUGGUAUUGAAUCUAAAUUAGUUUUCUAAUGACCGGCAUCUGUUGUUACCCCAGCGCUAUACCUUUUUUCACCUUGCAAUGUCCCGCAGCAGAUACUACAAGCCAGGCACGUAGCCAGGAUUUUGUUUCGGGGGGCCUAUCCAUGAGAAAAUGCUGUAUGAGGGGGGGAGAGGAGGACCCAUGCAAAAUGGAAGAUUUGGGGGGGGGGGGGGGGCCCGGGCCCCAUGGGCCUCUCCCCUGGCUACGUGCCUGCUACAAGCCAUCGAAGCCAAUUCAUAGCUUGAAGCAUGCAUGCAGUAUUAAACUACAUGCAUGCUUCAUAGCAUGCAUGCAGUAUUGAACUGGCUAACAUGGCUUGUAGCAUUCGUCGUAGUGCAUCAAAAGAUGAAACGGAGUAUAGCGUCUGGAGUUCUUUUCUUGGAAGUGGAUGCCAUCAGCCUAAGCCUCAGUGCUUUUUCUUAAUCUCAUACCUGAAGCUGUCUUAUAGAUGUUUUAGCUAGUUUAAAUCUUAGCUCUGAUCACGCUCCUUGCCAUUCAGUGCAUAUGUUGAUGGUGAUAGCGGUAUAAUGCCAACUCAUAUGCUGUUAUACUGGGGACACACAAAGUCAACACCACAAAGAAUGCUUCCCUACCACUCUACCACAAAGAAUGAGCAACUUACAUGGUAAAAGAGUAACACCAAAAAGACGGGAGACAGAAGAGGUAGAACACAGGACAAGCGCUGACUUGCAACUAAAAGGUUUAUUGAAAAAUUCCACUGAGCAAACAUAUUUCGCGCACACACACGUCGUACGACGUCACAACUAUCUUGAUGAAUAAAGAUGACACAGUGUCUAUACGAAAAACGACAAAGUGGAAGUGGAUGUCAUCUGCUUAAGCCUCGGUGCUUUUUUUUAAUCUCAUACCUGAAGCUGUCUUACAGAUGUUCUAGCCAGUUCGAAUUUUAGCUCCGAUCACGCUCCUUGCCAUUCAGCACCCCUAUUGAUGGUGACCGUGGUAUAAUGCCAACUCAUAUCGUACUGUUAUACUGGGGGCACAAAGACUCAAUUUGACUCCCAAGUACCUUUUAGUUGCAAGCUACCGCUCGUCCUGUUAUCUACUUUUGUGUCCCGUCUUUUUUUGCGCUGCUCCUUUACCAUGUAUGUUAAGGACCAACUAGCCCGUCGAACCGCUAUUAUGAGCGACCGUUGCCCAUGCAUGCAUAUCGGCAUUGCUUGGGUCAUAUAACAUGUCAUUGCUGUUGAUAAGCCAGCUUUUGCCACUGAAUCUUGUUUGUUGCCAACCGCAGAGUUGGUGAAGUGUACAGGAGAAUCUGUGCCAAGCCUUUAUUUUCAUUCUGAACUUUGAUCUUGCAACAAAUUGUUGAAAUUGAGUGUGUAGAUUCAACUUAUACCUCACAAUUUAAUUUUCUUAAGAGUAGCAAAAGUUCCAAUAGAUUACUCAUAUAGUACUUUAUAUCAGAUAGGGAAAUAUCUUCCUGAACACCAAUUGUUGCCCUAAAUAAUUGGGCUGACUACUGUUAUGGCUGCUGUACCAGUUCCUUUUGUUUCACUACCAGCAUUCAUGAAAUAGGAAUGAAAACACAUACUCUCACUCAUGAUGAUUGGCAUCAUGAUAUAAUACUCAGAGUAGUCUUGUCCAAGUGUGUGAACUUGUCUAAGCCUUCCUGCAAGACCAGUCUUGACACCUGCACUUUGAAUUAGGUGCAUGUCCCCUAUUUUGGCAAGAGCUUUGGCUGAUACUUUCAACUAGAUUUUUUCAGUCACAAGAAUGUAUACUAUGUAGCAUAGCACACACUUAAACCAAAGGGAGAUUGUGCCAUAUGCAGCUAAUUUCUAUGUUUUCAAUUGCAGACAAAAUAUUCCAUUUACAGCACCAAAUUCUUUAGUUAUGCUGCCUAAUACAUUCUCAUAUCGUCAUAAUAUCUAUAUUUACAAUAUAAAAAUGUCUUCUGCUUUUAUAAAUGUGAGCAUCCUCUGUGCCAUGUCUUUUGUUUUUUUUCAUGUUAUAUGAUGCCAAAGAUGUACAAUUCAAGUAAAAGUGGCCAAGAGAAAAAUAUUUAGGCAUAUUAGUUGCCCAUGCCACGAAGAAAUAAAUGAUUUUACACCCAA